AUGACAAUAAAGACUGCAACGAAAAUAAAUGUCCUAAUCUCAAUCCAGCCGGCAAAAGCUAUUUUUCACCGAAAUGAAAUAAUAAUAAGGCCAACGAUCUGUGAUUUUGACGCAAGUCUAAUUAAAGAUACGCUACCGUUGCGUAGUAAUGGCGGUGAAGUAACCACAAGAGCCCCUACAAUAACUAUUACAAUUCCACCUCUAGACUUUCCCUUACAAAUAAAAGGUUCGCCUACGCCACGUCCGAAAAAUCUAUCACCAUUCUGUAAUAUCACACCCGAGCUGUUCGUCGAGUUCUGUAAAUACUUGCACAUCGACGACCUUUUCGCGCUGUCACAAGUAUGUUUUCGAUUUCAGUCGUUGCUUUGUAGUAAGGAUUCGGAGGCAACACAAGAUAUUUGGAGACGCGCACGAUCAGUUUGGUUACCGGAAAUUACACUUGGACCACCUUCGGACUUAUGUGAAAAGACGUAUAUUGAGUUAUGUUUGUAUGAACGUGGUUGUCAGUUAUGCAAACGACGAGAUGUGGCGGUGAAGAUUAUUUGGACGUUUAGGGUCCGAACUUGUCAGAAUUGUUUCUUGAUGAACACUAUGAGUGGUCAUGAUUUAACUCCAUUAAACUGGAUACCACACCAUAUUUACUCUUACAUCCCGUCAACACGUGAAGAUUGGACCGGUGAAAAACUGCCCGAACAAGAAAUCAGUCCGGUGCUUCGUAAUCAUCCAAUCUUCAAUAAUCGUCUUUACUGGUUCCCACAAUUCGAACAAAAAGUCAACGAAUGGAAAAGAAUCGGUACAGCUGGAGGACGUCGUCAAUGGGAAAUCCGUCAGCGUAUUAAAUUCAUUGAGAUCGAACGUGACUUUAUUUUACGUGAACGUAAAUCCGCCGAGAAAGCCGGACUUGUUCAACAUCCCGCUUUAACGUGUUAUGAUCAACGAGAUGCGCAAUUACGAUUCUGUGAAGAAUAUUUCAGGCAAUGGAGCAACACCAAUUCACCAUCUAAUGCAAUCACUUCCACUAUCUCUAACAACUUCUGCGACAAAUGUGAGCUUAUGAAACUUCAUUAUCAAAUGAUGGAUGAGGAAAUCAAGGAGAAAAAUCGAUUUGUUUACGGAUUUGAAGAAGACGGACAACCAGAAGAACAAAAAACAUCACCAAAAAUAUUACUCUUCGGUCUUGAGACUGUAACCGCUAAUAUCGAAAGAAUAAAAUAUGCAUUGAAUGUUCAAUUUGGUGGUGAAGUAGAAUCAAUUAAGUUAUCUCAAAACAAGAAAUUUUGCGUCGUUGAUUUCAAAGAAAUGCGCGUCUACUAUGAAGUACUAGAGGUAGGAAGUGUUCGUGUUCUUGGUGGCUGGCUUUUCGUGGAAAAAGCAGAUGGUAGAACUCGUCACCAUAAACGAAUUUGA